AUGGUAGACAUUAAAGUUCAUCCUUUUGAUUUGACAUUUGAAGAUAUUGCAUUUCACAGGGUAUUUAGACUGUUUUAAUUAAUUUUAGAAAAAUUUUUCUGGUCAUUCUCGAGGUUAGAGGAAAAUUAAAGAGCCCUAAGUGAAGAUAGAAGUAAGUAAAUUUUGUUUGAAUCUGUAAUUUAGAAACUUUUUAAUGCAUUGAAGCAAUCAAUAGUAUAAACCGAUAAAAAAUGGAAGCUUAUGAUCAAACAACUAGACCUAAAGACUGAUGAGCAUAUAAUUACGUUAAAUGAAUUUUUGAAGUUAUUAGAAUCUCUUAAAGGAAUGCCAGCAUCUUCUAGUAUCGCAUACAAUAUAGAAGUUAUUAAGCUGUUUAGAUUUGAAAACAAAUAUCUUCUUCUAACUUCAUUUGAAAAUAAGAGCGUACAAAUUAGAGACUAUGCUAAUGGCAACGUUAUCCAUAGCUUUGUCUUUCAUGAUGAAAUUGUUUACCCAAAACAUAAAGAAAAGCACGACCCCAAAAAAAUGUCUCAUAUUUUCAAAAAUUAGGAUAUUCUAAUGGGUGGAUCAUAAGUUAGCUCUCCAACAUAGGCAUUGAUGGCUUUAAAAAGGAAUUCAAUUGCUAGAAUCUCUAAUAGUUCUGGUUAAAGAAGUAGCUUGAAAAAAGGAGGCGUAAUGAGAACUGCAAGUGGAGUAAGGAAAAAGUCUGAUAUUCUUAGUAAAAUGAAAACAGGAUUAACAAAAAGACUUGCAGAAACAAUAAGUAUGUCAAGAUAUUAACAUACAAUAUACGAUGAAGAAAAGGCUUCCCCAAAAGUAAAAUCCAGGAUAGGCAAGAAAUUUAUGAAUAUUUCUCUCCAAAAUGCUUAGCACUAGACUAUAAUGGGAGAUGAAAGUUAAUUAAGCAUUAAGAAAGUGAAAAUAAAACCUAAAUUUUAUGGAAUUCUUGGAAUAGAUCCUAUAAGAGAUGGCAGGGACUAAAUGUAUUAGGUAUUGACCCCAUAACAUAGUGAUAGGAAAAUAUUAUAGGCACAUCAUCAUGCUUUUGGACUAGAUGAGAAAUUUUUUACACCAGAACAUGAGAGAGAAAGACAUAAGAACAAAUUUAAUAAUUUUAUCAAGAAGCUUGAAGUAGAAAUUAAGCUUACGGAUAAAUAUUUGAAGGAUCGAUAGCAAUUUCUAGGUGAAGAAGAUAGUCAAGACUAGUAAAUAAUUAGAACAUUAAGAGCGAGUAGAUUGAAAGAUUCAGGAAAAUACAAGGAACAGUUUCAGCAUUUUAAGCUAAUAGACAAUGCCGAAAGUAGGGACCUCCUCGACAAACUUAAAACUUUAAAAAUAAAAUCCUUUAUCAACAAUAAUACUGGAAAUAUGUUUAAGAAACUAAUGAAUAAGAGCUAUAAAGACCAUCUAAAGAAGAAAAAUAUUCAGGGAAGAUACCUGAAUGAAUCUGUCCACAACACAGAUAGCAGUGGCGAGGACGGAGCAGAAUUGAAAAUGGCUAUGAAUCAUGCAUUUUAAAAGAAGAUUUUACUGGAGCAAUAAAGAUAUCAAUAAAGAGAGGAGGAAAAUAAACAAAAAGAGGGAGAAGUUUAAAGACUCGAUUCAGAAAAGACUACUUAUCCUCUAUUUGUUAAAUACUCAGAGUAGCUUAAAGUAAUAGUAUUUGCUUUGGUUAAUAGAGAUCUCUAACUUUACGAGGCUAAGCAUUCUGGGACUAAGUUAGCCUUUUAAUUGAGAAAUAGAGUAAAGACUGAUUAGAUGGUUGUUUGCAUGUCAGUUGCUUAGCAUAAGAUUGGAGAAUUAUUUUUAGUUUGCGUUGGUGGAUAAAAUGAGCAGAUAGCCGUUUAUGAAUUCGAUUAAAAAAAGAAUUUCAGCACCUACAAAAUAAUUUUCAAUUAGGUUGCUCCAUAGUCUUAAGUGACUAACUUUAUCUAUAAUUAGCAUAUUGGCCUCAUUCUAACAACUUUCAAUGGAUACAUAGAAAUAUUUGAUAACAUUGACUUCAAAUCUAUAUGGAGUAAUCAAUUACUGAGAAUCAAUGAUACCAAAAAGUAAAACAGAUCUUCCAUUACAAUAAAAUUUAGAAUUGCUUUUGGAGGAGUCUAAGGAAAACUUGGUGGACUGAAUGGUACAACUAAGAAGGUGAUAGAUGUGAUCUAGGCUCAUAACCAUCCUAUAGUUUAACUUAGCUUUUAUGAGUAGUAAUUGCAGAUUAUUACUGUAGCUGAAAAUGGUUAAAUAGGAGUGUGGGAUGCAUAAAAAUUUGAGGAAACCAUAGCCAAAGAUUACAUGAAGGAUUUGAUGAGGUAGGUCAAGCUACAAAAACAGACAGUGUAAGAGCAGAUAAAAAUCGAAGAACAAAUCAUGGUUGAAACUCUGCAAAAGAAAGCUUUAAGUACAUAAAUUUCCCCUAGAUCUCCAUUUGUUGGUUGUCUCAAUCCUAUUCAAUAUAAAUACUUCAAAGAAAACUAUAAUGAGAAAUCUAUGAAAUUAGUAAGUUAACCGUCUGCUAAUAAAAAUACUACAAAAUUGUUUGAAAAUGUCCUUGCUAGUGAUAAAUCUAGACUUAUCGGAACAAUCAUUGACGAAAAAGAGUAUAACAUCAUUACUAUUGAUUCAGAUGCUAUGAUUAGAGUUUGGAGUUUACUUACUGGUGAAUGUAUUAGAAGUUAUCUUAUUGAAUAAAGAUAUGAUACAGUUAAUCAUCAAAAUGAAAACAGAAGGGUAGCUGCUAUAGUAUAAGAUCCAUAAAUGAAAUACCUUGUGGUAGCCUUUGACAAAGGUCAUAUUUAAGUAAACAAUUUAUACUCAGGAGCAUUAGUUUACAAUGAAUCAUAACCAAUGAGACUCGAGCAUGAAGUAUCGAAUUUAAGAUUCUUUAAUCCUAAUUGUAACUAUUGGUUCAUUACAGGAUGCUGGGAAGGUAGAGUAGGAUUUUUCUCUAAAUCCUAAUUUGCCAAAGGCAGGCAUUUUGUAAACUUUAUGGAAAGAAAAUCUAUGCACUAAAAAGAUGUCAUUUCUAUUGAUAUAAGUGAUGAAAAUCUACUUGUUACUGCUAGUAUAGACAAUGUUAUAUGCUUUUGGAAUAACUUUACUGCUACAGAGUUUAAAUCUAUCAACUUACCCAAAAAUUUCGGACAAUCUGAGCUUGGCCAGUAUAUUUAGUGUGUGAGAUUUAUGAAGCAAAACUACAGCUAAUAUCUUCUAAUAUUUCUGAACUCAGGCAAUAUUUAUGUUUAUGAUGUGGUCAACUAGCAGUUUCUGAAUAUUAAUGAUAAUCCAGUCUAAGGAAAAGUAAAGGAAAAUGCAUCUAUAGAUAUUAUUAAGAAUCUAAUUGUCUCUGUUAAUGAAAAUGGCACUGGUAUCUUGCAAGAAAUUAUUUUUAACGAUGCUCAUAUAGAAAAAUCUAGAUCAAUAUUUAGAAGGAAAAAUGAUUUGAAUAUCAUUAGUGACAAGAGGGUAUUUGAGUUCAAAUUAAUAAGAGAGUUUCAGGUUGCUGAUCAUAGUGAGAUUUAUGAGAGAAGAAAGCAAAUUUGUUAUUUCUCAGAUGAAUGGAAGAAUAUCCAUAUUAGAUAUAAAUGA